AUGUCGAGCUGGGUAUACCUUGCAUCGAAGAGUGAGCUAACGGAGUACGCGGAAGAAUUUGGGCUAAACAUCGCAGGAAAGAGCGAGGAUCUAAGGCGGUUACUAGCGGCUUUCGUUAAGAGAACGGAUCACACGGAGACAACGGUACUGAGACUCACAGAACUUGCGGAAAAGUACAGGAAGGAGAAAAGUCCGGCUAGAAGCUCAACACCGGCGAUCGUGGUGACAAACGGAGAAGAGCGGAGCACCGAGGAACGACCAACAACGAGUGCAGCGGCAAGGGUCAGAGCGGGUAAAGAAGGAGAGCAAAAGACCGACCACCGAGGAACGGUUACGGAUAAAAUGGAGGAGGUCAAAGAAAGGAAAGGAGAACGGAGAAUGGAGACAGAUAUUGUUGACCGAGUAAGAGGUUGGGGCAUCCGGUACCAAGGAACAACGAACCCGCUGGAGUUCCUGAGCAAGAUGGAACAAUGGGCAGAUGGGUACGGGAUACAGAAGGACCAGCUAAUACAGACCAUGCCAUUUAUACUGGAGGGGAUCGCGUACGACUGGUGGAACACCGCACCGGCCAGGAUAACAACAUGGCAGCAACUGACAUCAGAACUGCUGGAACAUUUCCUACCGCCAAGAUACGGAGAACAACUGGAGAUCCAGAUAGUGCAGCUGAAACAGCGGGAAACAGAGCCAGUAAGAGAGUACGCGAUGAGUGUGAGGAAACUGAUGCGGUUCACAAAACUAACGGAGGAAGAGAAACUCGACCGGGUAGUUCCUCAGGCUGGCGGAGGAAGUGGAGGAGAUCGAGGCGGCAGAAAACCUCACACAACAACUCCAACAGCCAUACCAGCUCAGCCCGGACAUAUGCAUGCGCUGCGGAGGAACAGGGCACGCAGCGAGAGCAUGUACGAAUCCGCCGAGAUUGUUCUGUUGGGUCUGCGGGAGAAACGGCACCCGGACAACAGAAUGCUCCAGAUCGGGAUCGGGAAACGACAGAGGCCUGAGCAGAUGAAGCUGGCGGCUCAGGCGACAAGAAAUCCAGCUAUAGAGGACGACCUAAGCUGUGACGGGUUUCAGAUCAUAGCACGGAUCGGAAUCGGGAAAGGAACGGCACGCGGAGUGGUCGAUACGGGGGCAUCAAGAAGUGCGAUCAGCAAAAACAUGUACCAGGAUCUAAGGGACCACGGAAGAUGGUGGGGUACACGAGAGGAGAUCACACUCGCCAACGGAGCCCGACAAAGGGCCAUAGGGAACUUCACAGCAAAGGUUAGCUUCGGAGGAAGAGCGUUCACGGUAACGUUCAUGAUUCUGAAGAACGUGUCUGGAGGAAUACUAUUGGGUAUGGACUUUCUGGCAGGAGCGAACAGCAUGCUGAGGUGCGGCAACCUAGAGUUGGACCUGAUAUCGGCCAUGGACGGAACACCGACAAGGGAGGAAAAGGAUACGAUAGCAGAGAAGGCAGGAGAACCGUCAGAAGAGGAAGUGCAGCAGUUCCUGAACAAGAACAGGCAAGUAUUCGAGGACAUGAAGGGGGUAAGCAACGUGACCGAACACAAAAUAUACCUGAACGACGACAGACCGAUCAAGCAGCGAUACUACCUGCGAAAUCCCAAGCAACAGGCGGUCAUCGACGAACAGGUAGACGAACUGUUGACUCUGGGGUUAAUAGAACGAUCGAGGAGUCCGUAUAGCGCACCAGUCGUGUUGGUAAGGAAAAAGAAUAACGAAUGGAGGAUGUGCAUCGAUUACAGACAGCUGAAUGAGAAAACAGAGAAGGAUGCAUACCCGGUACCGCGAAUGAACUUCAUCCUGGACCAAUUAAGGGAGGCAAAAUUUAUAAGCACCAUAGACCUGAAGUCAGGAUAUUGGCAAAUCCCGAUGGAACAAGGAAGCAGGCAAUACACUGCAUUCACGGUUCCAGGACGAGGGCUGUUCCAAUGGACGGUAAUGCCAUUUGGGCUAACCACCGCCCCGGCAACGUUCCAGAGGGCGUUAGACACAAUAAUUGGGCCAGAGAUGGAACCGUUCGCGUUCGCGUACCUAGAUGAUAUUAUUGUGAUAGGCCGGACUAAGAGGGAGCAUCUUGAAAAGCAUCUGGAAAAAGGGCAAGGCCACACUGACAUUCAACGCAAAACUGGCACCACGGUAUGA